GAGGGUAGAGCCCUCGCAUGGGGCGAGGGAGGCCGCCGGUUCUGCCCCAGCAGCCGGCUAGCCGAAGGCACCCCGAUUACCAGAAAAGCCCAAAUAGGGGGGCGGUCUCGGCGCUGGUUCGUUUCCUCCUGAAAUGAUGAGUGACGCUUAGCCCAGGGCCGGAGAGGGCAGUCAGUCUGUGCUGCCCACGAGAGGGGCCGGGCCAACCACUCCUCCUUUGCCCCGCCAGCAUCCGGGGUUACAGCAGGGGCCGGCGCAAGAGCGAAAAGGGCUGGCUGCAUCGAGGGCGCCGCCCCCAUGGCGCAGAACAGCCAUGGAGGAGCUCGCCGGCGGAUGGUUCCAGGUCGGGUUCCACUUCGGGGAGGCGACGGAGGCCGGCCUGGCGCCGGUGCCGCUGGACAAGGCCGGGCCGGGGCUUCGCCGGGUGAGGCCGAGCUGGAGCUUCGCCGGGAUCGUCCGCGCCGGCGGGUCCACCCCGGUUCUGCUGCAGGGUGGGGUGCGUGCCGUGCUGCCCCAGGACUGCCUGGAUGUGCUGCCGUCCGAGACGCACGUGCUGGUGCUGCGGGAGGCUGCGCUGGAAGGCUGGCCGGUGGAGGGUCUGGCUCUGAUCCUGGACGGGAAGCCAGCCUGGCGGUGUGAGCUUCUGCCGGAGGACGCGGCAACCGCAGACCUGCCGCUGGUGCCUGGUGGGUACGUGACACCUUGCCCCCCUUUCUUCAGGCCUCUGCCUUCCGUCCUGCAGGUCCGCAAGCUGGCCCUGGGCCAUGAGCAUGUGGUGCUGCUGGGCAAGCAGGGGGCCCUCUUCUCGUGGGGAGGUGGCAGGCACGGGCAGCUGGGUCAUGGGGACCUGGAGAGCAGGACAGAGCCGCAGUUGGUGGAAGCCUUGCAGGGCGUGCCCCUGGUGGACGUGGCUGCUGGAGGGUGGCAUUCGGCUAGCAUCAGCGAAAUAGGAGAUUUGUACAUCUGGGGCUGGAAUGAGUCGGGACAACUUGCACUGCCUUCCAAAUCACUGGCUGAAAGCAAAGCAACCACAGCAGAGGCAAACCAAGGUGACAAGAAACUGAGCUUGGCCCAGCCGGAGGAAGCACAAGGCCCCCACAAAGCUACAUUCAUUUCAAUCCAAGCCUUCCCCGCUUUGCUGGAUAUGCCUGAUGGGGCAGAUGUCCAAAAGGUCAGCUGUGGAUCACGACACACAGCAGCUGUGACAUUGUCUGCUGGCGCACAGCCUGUUACACCCUUCCUUGUCUUCCAGGCACCGGAGAUCUCUACACCUGGGGCUGGGGUAAAUACGGCCAACUGGGGCACAGGGACACUGCCAGCUCUGAUGAGCCACGGAGAGUGCGCUGCUUUGUGGACUGGGGUCUUGGUGUGGUGGAUGUUGUAUGUGGACCAUGGACCACCUAUAUACAUACUGUGCCACGAUGAGACGCAGGAGGAACAGCUGCAACAAGCCAGAAACCUUUGUGUCGCAGUGACCUGAAACAGACAGCAUGGAUGAACAGGACUUGCUCCCUCUCGCAGCCCACGAUUGCAGAGAGCUGCCUUCAGCUCCUUUCAACAAUGCCAAGUGCCAGAGCAUCCCAUCCAAGGCAAGUCUUGUAACUUCAGGCUAAUGUUUUGCCUACCUCAACCUACAUGUCCAUGUUCCUGUUACAACUACUUCACUGCAAGGCCGUCUUCAGUUGAAAGAGCGCUGCAUUUUAGCACCUCACAAGUACAACACGGAUGCAGAGUCGUAUUUUAUAAGGUAUAUUUUAUGUAGAGCUAAAUUGCCAUGAAAAACAAAACAGGUGUUGGAACAGUCAUUUUGUUAAUAAAGCUACUGCGGCUGCCAUCACCGCCCUUAUUGGCCUGCAGUCAGGAUACAAUCAUUCUUUUGAUGGAAGGCCAGACAUGAGUCAGCAGGACAGUAGGGGGCGCUCCUGACGAAAGGGGGAGUCUCUCCAGCAAGGAGAGACUUGGGGGUGGAGGGUUAGACUGUUAUCAUCAGCGAAAAGCCCAGAACGAUACAAUUGAUUAUUCAUUAUGUAGGACAGCAGAUAAACAAGAUGUGAACACAGUGCCAUAAAAAUAAAUAACAAGGCGACUGUAGUGAAAAGAAGGUGCAAAUCUAGCCAUGAUAAUGGGGGUAGGGAUGGCAGAAGCCCCCUCCUGUCCCUCGGAGAAAGAGGUCAACUGCCACAGUUCAGAGGCAGGAGCAAGAUGAGGCCAGUGCUGUACCAUUUGUUGUAAGGAUUACCAAAGCCAGAUCAAGGGCCAAGUUGUACGCCUGCCCUCCAGAGCAAGACACCUGAGCAAGCCUGUUAACCCAAAGGAAACCAGGCGAGAGGUGCCUGCUUGGCCUCUCUGCUGCCCCCCUCUUCUGUUACAGCCAGAACGACUCCCGCACUACCACUACAAGCAACUGCAUGAGCACCAGAGGGCAGCAGUGACAUUGCUCCUUCCACUCCUCCUUAUGCGGAUGGAUAGAACCCCUUGUGCUUCAGUGAGCACUAGCCAUCUGGCCCACCCUACUCCCUGCCUAGCACAGGGAGAAAAAGGGGCCCCGGAGGCACCCAGGGGAGCAGAAAAAGGGGCCCCGGAGGCACCCAGGGGAGCAGAAAAAGGGGCCCCGGAGGCACCCAGGGGAGCAGAAAAAGGGGCCCCGGAGGCACCCAGGGGAGCAGAAAAAGGGGCCCCGGAGGCACCCAGGGGAGCAGAAAAAGGGGCCCCGGAGGCACCCAGGGGAGCAGAAAAAGGGGCCCCGGAGGCACCCAGGGGAGCAGAAAAAGGAGCCAAGCUCCCUGCUGCUGCUGGAACCCUAAACUAGACAGCCAGUUGUGCCCGAGAGUACGCCCGGUUCUGGAAACCCUUUGCAUUGUUACAUUUUAUUCUUUUUAAAAUAAAAACACUAUAAAAAUCAUUGCAGUAAAAACAAGUAACCAAUAGUUAAAAGUGGCCCUCUGUCCACUGCCACAGGGCAACAGUACCAGACAGGGCUGGGAUGGAAGCCGCCGAGGUUGGCCCAGCCCUAGGAAGGUCAGGUGGGGCCAGCGCCUCUUUGCUGCCUCCCGUCCUUGAAGUGCACAGCACGUUCCCUUUCAGCUCUCAAUAUUGGAAGCUGUGGAAUUGAGGAUGUGGGAUUUGGACUCAGAUCUGGAAGCCUUUGAAAGUUCUUGCUGUGAAGAAAGAAAAACAUUCACGUGAAGUAGCUGAACAAGGCAGGCCCAAACAGCCCGUGUGCAUCACAGACUGGUGCAGAAGGGAAGGGGAGGCGUGCCAUGACCACACAAUUGAGGGGCACCUUCCACACAAGGACCAAGCCUCUUGCACAUGUGUUACAUGGAAAUGCAUGUGAGGACGAUCUGACCAGUUAAAAGCAAAGAGGUGGGUAGCCCUCCUCCAAAUCCCCCUCCCCCAGGCCCUGGAUCCAGUUUACCUCUAUGCAUGCUCCUCCCCGCUCAUUUCAGACAAUACAUACAUCAUGCCAGGGCUUAUUACACAGGCUUGCAUGUAAGAGUUUAGCCAUGAAGUGGCACCGGGAGAUGGCUGCAAGGCCAGGCAAUGUCCGUGUUUGAGGCCAACCUAGCAGAGGAGAUGGGCGAGGGUGGGCAAGACAGUGGCGCUCUGCUGCAUGGAGGGACUGGGCUGCAGGCUGCCACUGAGGAGGGGGCGUGCUCCUGCUCUUGGGAAGGUGAUAAACUGAGGAAUGUUGGACUCUCGAGGGAGCAGAGGCUGCUGCCAUCCACCUAGGGGAGGGGGGCCUGCCACAGCCUCCUGCCCUGAGGAAGACUUCUGAAGCAGCAUGCUUGGCCCUGGGUCCGCUGGGACUCUGCAGGGCAGCUGCCGGUGUCAGGAAGAGGCAGGUGCUGGCGGUGUGCAGCCCCGUCGCAGGGAGGAGAACAGAGCGGCCUGUGAUGGCUGUCAGAGUAGAUGCGUUGAGAGAAGAGGGAAAUUACCACAAACUCGGAAUAGGUGCUGGCAACAGAGUUAAUGCUGCAGGCGCGCUGGGCAGGGGCUGUGGAGAUGCACCCACCGCUCAGAGCUGCUCUGUUGAGCUGAGGCACGUUUUCCUUGUUGCGCUCCAGAGGGCCUGGGCGAGAAGGCUUGGAGACCGUCUGGCUGGGAGUCCGGACAGGCUGCAGAGGCAGAGGGGAGCGUAAGCACUGCUGGUUAGGGCUUUUGGCAACAGUGCUGCGGGAGCCCUGGAGAGAAGCGGCACAGAAAAGUGGAGGGCAGCACAUUAAGCCACUGGGAGGGGCGACAUUCUAGGAUUCAGUGUGCAGAUUCUUUCCUUGCUGCGCAUAAACAUGGCAACAGACCUUUUCCUGAAGUCCAUUGAAGUGGGUCCCUUUUCUGCUUGUGAUACACAUCACUUGGAUAAAGGGGGCAUGUGUGAGAAGCAACAAAGUGUUGUAGCGUUAAGUGCUGCUUCUUUUCACUGUUCUGGUCAGCAAUACCCUCCCCUCCAUGAUACUCCAUUCCAUUCUAUUCUGGGUUCCCUCCAUUGGACUGUAUUUAUCCAUCCUCCUUUAAGCCCCCCUCCCAAGCUGACUGCAUCGUGGUUCUAUUUUUAAUCUUAUACUUAAUUGUACUUUGUGUAGAGAAUUUGUUAAAAGGUAACUA